CAUUUAUAAAAGACGUCCACUUCACCCGCAGUGCCCAUAGAGACAUAUGCGCCAACCCCGGUGUCACCACUAGUAUACAGUGCUUCAUACAUUAUAUACAGUGACUUGUGUUUGUGAAAAAAAAAACAAAAAAAAUAAAUAAUUGGGGAUCCAAGAUGGCGUCUCUUCGAGUCAGACAUUUCGUCAUAUUGCUUAUGAUGAUGCACAUCAAUGCUCAGCUCGUGAGGAAGGUGGAAAAAGAUGAUGAGGUCGUCAUCACUGCAUUAAGGGAAGCGACAAAUCAAACGAAAGCGGACACCUUGAACUUACCAGCAAAUGCUUCUUCUAUCCGGGAAAAUAUCACUGACACUUUCAGUUGUGAAAACCGCACAUACGGCUAUUACGCAGACGUGGACAACGAUUGUCAAGUGUUCCACGUGUGCCUCCCCUCGCAGACUCCCUCCGGACGCAACGUGACAUACCGCUGGAGUUUCAUCUGUCCCAGCGAGACUGUGUUUAAUCAGGAAGCCCUAACUUGCACGCGACCGGCAGAUUCAAUCGAUUGCAAAGACUCUCCCGAUUUCUACCAUCUCAACAUGGAAAUAGGCAAGGAAACAAACAAGACAGAAGAAGUAGCAAACAAGAGAAAAAUCCAAAAAAGGAAGCAAGACAAGAGAAGAGAAAACUUAGUCAUGGACAAUAUGAUUAUGGGUAAUUUAGGUAAAGAUAUGAACGAAGAAGUAAAAGACCAUUUAAAAGGUGUUGGGUUUGCAAAAAGUGAUGAAAGUAGUCCAGUGCUGAUAGAAGCAGUUAUAGAGACAAUGGAUCCUGAUGUGGAAGAUGCAGAGUUAGAACAGAGAAGAGAGGAAGAAAUGGAUAGACUGAUUAUGGAGAGAAAUAUGAGAAAUGCGAGAAAUAUGAAGAGAGGUUCGUUAAGGUUUAAUGGUGAUGUCUGAUUUUUGAUUUUCUUUUGUCAUUGAUUACUGUUAUUGAUCGGUAAUGACAAAAUGAUUGUAUUCUUCGGUGUAUUUUUUGGACUUUAUUUUGUAAUUCUGAGAGAUUAAUGGGCAUAUAACUUAAAAUUACUUUCGAAUAACUUCUGCCAGUGGUUUUUAGCGAUUUCUGUGGAAACAUCCCUUAACCUGAUAAAAAGUAUAUGUUAUUCUUUUCACCAAAAUCCAUCUAGUUGUUUUUGCGUGAAAGAGGAACAAAGAUCCUUUCAACUUUCGCAUUUAUAUAAUACUAGCUACCGCCCGCGGCUUCGCUCGCGUAGAGUUCGGUUAUAUCGCGAUUCCGAGAGAAUUCUUCAAAAC